AUGACGAAGAAGAGCCCGAGCGCGAUGGAGGACGAGCCGACGAUGCAAGCCUGCUUCUACACCAAGUUCGGCAAGCCGACCGUGCUGCAGAUGGGGCCGCUGCCCAAGGCGAAGCUCCUCGCGCCCGAGGAAGUCCUCGUCCAGGUGUACGCGGCCUCGAUCAAUCCGAUCGACUACAAGCGACGCGAAGGUGGCCUCAAGGCUGUGCUCGAUACGAAAUGGCCGCAGAUCGUCGGCUACGACCUUGCAGGCGUCGUCGUCUUGGUCGGCGCCAACGUCAAGCAGUUCCACAUUGGCGACGAAGUCUACGCCUGCCUGCCGCACGAUCGGCCUGGCUCGCUCGCCGAGUAUACUGCCAUCGCGCUAUUGUCCAUGCACUUGACGAAGAGCGUAGAUACCUUUGUGCAAGCCGCUGCGCUCCCCAUCUCAUCGCUCGUCGCGUUGCAGACUCUGCGCCGACUCGAGCUGCGCGAAGGUCAAAAGUUCCUCCUAACCGGCGGGUCGGGCGGCGUCGGGACGCUCGCACUGCAGAUGGCGAAGAAUGUAUUUAAGGCUGGCACGAUUGCGACGACGGCGUCGCAGCAGAAGACUCACAUCCUCACACGACUCGGCGCAGACGUUGUCAUCGACUACACGGAGCAGCCCUUCGAGCAAGUGCUGAACGAGUACGACGUGGCCAUGGACUGCACUAGCGAGGCAAAAAAGUGCAUGGACUGCGUGACGCAGGGUGGCGUUGUCGCUUCGAUCGCCGACACACCGCCGCCGGAAGCGCUGGAGGAUUUUCCAGAGUUGGGCGGCCGCACGUCGUGCUGCCUCGGGUUCGUCCUCGGCUGCUUGAGCUACUCGAUGAAGUCCAAGGCGCGUGCGCACCGGCUCAACUACGAGUACGUCUUUGUGGCGCCGAGCGGCAAGAUGCUCACCGAGAUUGCGGGGCUUGUCGACGCUGGUCAGCUCCGCCCCGUCAUCGACAAGGUGUACCCGUUCGAACUGGCGCUCGAGGCGCUCGAGCUCCUCGAGACAGGCCACGUCACGGGCAAGCUCGUCCUCGAGUUCAGCGUCGGCGCGUCGCAGCCCGAGUCCGAGUAGAAUUUGAUAACCGAAACGACCGAAAUCUGGUUU